AUGAAAAAUCCACAGUACAACUUUAUCAAAAAAGAGCAUCUCUGCAAAGCCGUCAGACCUUCUUUUACCAAAUUUUCCACCACGAAAGAGCAGGAAAUCAUCAAAAGAUCUGUGCAUGUUCCUUUUAACCACAGUCUUGAUCUACAGAAUACAAGGAUACGUUUCUACAGCAAUACUGCUGUGGUUGAAAGACCCAAAACUCCAACUGUACCCAAAGCAACAAAAACAUCGGAUACUUUCAAAAGAAUGUUUAUACAAAAAGAAGCCAGUGCCCAGGUGUCAGCUGCAUCAAGUACAGCUAUAGGCAAUCAAGCCCAAAGAUCAGCCACAUUACUAAAUGAUGUCAACGAGUCGGAAGAGGAAGAAGUGGAUAUUGAAGGCGACGAUGAUAAAUGGGAUGCAGAAGAAGAUGAAGAAGAAGAACUGAACGGUGGAAAUGAUAACAAUGAAGACGAGGAAGAAGUGGAACUUGAGAACGAAGAAGAAAAUAGCGGAGGUUAUACAAGCAAAAUUAGAAAUAUGGCCAUAGCAAAACUUUUAGACUUAAAGCAUACAGUUGAAGUCAUAAAUAUUUCUAUUAAAGAUAGCAACUGCAACAACCGUAAGAGCCGUAUCAAAAGUCUUCUCUAUAGAAAGGUUCAUUCAAUACUGCUCCAAGAGAACAUAGACCCUAUAUCUAUUGAACUAGCCAAGCUCUCGCUUUCUCAAAUUCUCAACUAUAAGAAGGAUGAUCUCUUCUUUGAUGACGGCACAAAUUCGCUUAUUGAUGAAGCACUUGAUAGACUGAUGCCUUACUCAAUCAGUAACAAUAAAGACAGUCUUCUUUCUCUUAUAGACGAAUUGAAAUACAAAGAGCCUAGCAAAAAUUCAACAAAGUACCAAAUUUUGAACGCUGUCGAGACAAUACUUUCGCUUUGGAAGAGUGCUUCUCCUAAAUCUGAGUAUACAUACUUGAGAAAGUUUGAGAGUUUACUUGAGAUAAUUUUGGAUGACGCCGAGCUCAUCAUGUCUGAUGGCGAAAGUAUUUGUGCAUCUACAAGAGACUGUUUACGAAGUAGCUUGAAGGAAGUUGAUGAAGAAAUGACAAAGUUUGGCAGAAGAAUAGACCUACUCAUCAAGUGUAGCCGCCUAGAUACUAGUGCUGAAUUAUGUAGCAUCGAGUUCAAAAAGGACGAUGCAAACAACACGGACAUCAUUCACCAACAAAGUAAGAAUGCAAGGGUAAACGUUUGUAUUCUGAACAGCUUAAACUGUUUCACGAAUGCUUUUGAUAACCAAGUUCUUUCUGUGGACUUCGUUGGCACUAACGGUUACAUGACCCAAAUGUUCUGGUGCAAAGAAGUCAUCGUAACCCAGAAAGUAUGCUCCCUCAGUAUACCAACGGAUGUUUACGACCUGGGCAGCUUACGAAAUACGCUCAAGUAUUUGUAUUUAUGGAAGAAACAUCUGCUGGUAUUGUCUGCUAAAGUCAUCCAGUCUUUACAUUGUAACAAAAGAAAGUAUUCUUUGAUUGAGACAUGUGAAGAAGAUAGCAGCCCAAGACAAUGUACCCCCGACAUGCAGCUCGCUGAUGUCUUUAUGACUCCUCAUAGAAGGACAAAAAAAUAA